CCGGUUGCAUGUGAGGCUGCAGCCGCCGCGGGACAUGUCCGGGAUCUUGUGCGAGUGGCUGAAUGAAGAGGUGCAGCUCUCCCGCAGCCUGGUUCCAGGAUCAUUUUCGGAAGAGUUUUCUAAUGGCUACCUCCUAGGAGAACUCCUAUACAAAUAUGGUCUUCAGGAUGACUUCAAUCAAUUUUCACAGAGCAGGGUUGCAAUUGCAAAACUUAACAAUUUUUCUCGCCUGGAGCCCACGCUUCAUCUCCUUGGUGUGCAGUUUAAUGAGAAUGUGGCCCAAAACAUCAUGACAGGACAGCAUGGGGCUGCAACAAAGCUGUUAUAUGAAUUGUAUAUUGCCUUGGAAAAAAAGAGAAAGACAAAGCUCACCAGAGUAGCCAUGGAAGCAAUGAUACCUGCAGCAACUGUAAAGCUUAAGUCUAUUGAAAGUGUUUUGUAUCGAGAGCGUUUGAAAACUUUAACACCACGUCAGUUUGAUUUACAACUACAACAGAUUGCAGAGCGGUUUGAAAAAAAAUCUAAGGCAGCAGAAGAUAAAAUAGCUCGUAAACAUAUUGCAGAGCUGCAGAAAAUUCAGAAGCUCCAAGAGGAACGAAGAGCCCAAGAAAUUGAAAAGCAUCAUAUAGGAAGAAAGAGACAAAAUGAAAUAAUGGCCAGAAUUCAAGAAGCCAUUUUACAGACUCCAAAGCCACCACCAAGCCAGACCAUAAAAGCUAUUGAAGCUGACAAAUUCUUAAGGAAGAAAAGAGAAGCAGAGGACACGUACAAGGAGAUUAGUAAGUUUGAGAAAUCUAUUGCCUAUGCACUACACAGCCAAAUCAUUGACAGUGAUAUAGAAAAAGCAUUGGAAACACAGAACUUGCAAGGAACAACUCCAGAAACUACAGAACAGACAGCAACUGAGCUAUUAAGUGUUUAUUCAGAUGAUGACUAUAUAAGGAAAAUUAAAAAACGUUUAGAGGAAGAUACAUUUUAUAGAGAACAACGAGAAAAGAGACGGCGAAAAAUGUUAAUGGACCAGUUAAUAGCACAUGAAGCUGAAGAGAAGGCUUACCGGGAGGAACAACUAAUUUACAGACUAUUGAGACAAACUCAGCAGGAGCGGAGGAUUGCUGUUCAACUCAUGCAUGUUCGACAUGAAAAAGAGGUGUUAAGGCAGAACAGAAUUUUUAGGGAAAAACAGUAUAAGGAAAGACGACUGAAAGAAUUCCAGGAAGCUCUUGACAGAGAAGAGGCUCUUGCAAAACAAGAGAAAAUUGAUUAUGAAGAACAAAUUAUCAAAGAAAGAGAGCAUCAUGAGAAAAUUGCUGCUGAAAGAGCUCAGGCACGUUAUAAAAAGCAUUAUUCUAUAUGUUGGGAAGUGGUCAACCAAAUCAUUGAUUUGUCAACACAAGCAGGAGAAUAUCGUCUUCUGACAAACAACAGAAUUCCAUUAAAGCUGAUGCUUGAUUGGAAGGAGCUUUUUUUUAAAGGAAAACUGAUAUAUGAACAAGCCUCAAUUCAACCUUUGCCGAGUGAACCACACCCAGAACAACCUUUAGAUCUGAAUAAAUUGAAUCUUUUAGAUGAAAAAGAUUAUAGUGAAUACAAGAAUAUGACAGGGGAAUGGUGUCCAGAUGAAGAGAACAGUGAAAACAAACCUCCUCUUAAUAAUAACGUGUUGGGUCAUGUGCUUCAUAGACUAAUGGAGAUUUUCUAUCCUCCAAAACCCGUAUCUCCACCUGCAUUUCCUCCAUUUCCUAUCAAGGGAUGUAUUUUGGGAAAACCUUUUAGUGGAAAAACUACCUGUGUAAAGUUUAUUGAAAAAGUUUGCAAUAUUCAGGUACUAUCUGUUGAUAUUUUGGUUCAAGAGGCCAUCGAAGCGUUUCUUAAAAAUGAAAUGAAAAGUGAGGAAAAAAUGAUUCCACAAGAGGCAGAGAGUUCUGGGGAAGAAAAUGAGAACUUGCCACCACUGGAUGUAUUAAAGAAUCCUGAAACAGAAAUAUCUAUCAAUAGAACUGAAGGCAAUUUUCCUGUCAGAAAGGAUCCAUCUUGGCAAGAAAUUAAACCAGAUAACAGUCAAGAUGACCUAUCAAAGCUAUCUGUAUGUGCCCAGCUUGGUGCUGCAUCACAGAAAUUGUUGAAGAAAGGAGAAAGUAUUCCUGAUGAAUUACUAAUUGACAUCCUAUUGGAGGCCAUUAAACAAAUACCACCAGAGAAGGGGUGGAUUGUGGAUGGUUUUCCAAUGACAACUAAUCAGGCAAAGCUAUUUGCAAAAGCCUACACUGGCAUUGAUCCAGAAGCAGAAGAUGCAAACUCUGUAAAGCUCUCACUUGUUAUAGAUCCCAGAGCCCCUAACAAGCCUCCUGCUACCUCACCUGCAUUUGAUAUUUGUGUGUUACUGGAUAUUUCAGACACUGUGGUACUGGAACGUAUGGCUAACUUGAAGUCAGAUAAAUCAAAGCCAUCUCAGACUGAACAGGAGAACAAAAAUCAAAAUCCAGAUGCUGUAAUCCAGGAGGAGAAGAUUGACUUCAGCAGAGUCCAGGCGCUACACAAAAUUUCAGGCUUUCUAGAUACCUGGCCAAAAUUAGAGAAAUGGUUUUCAGUCCAUCACAAUAUUCUAGUGAAAGUCAAUGCAGAGGCAGAAGAAAGGCUUGUGUGUGAAACGGUGAAGGAAAUUAUAAUAGAAGAAAUUUUCAAUAAACAGAAUAGAAGAUGUGCUGAAGAAAUAUCACCAGAAAAGAAGAUUUCACCAGUUGACGUAAGUAACGCGGAUACACAUACACAGGAAGACAUGCUUCCUCGUAUUCUUGUGGAACUACCACCAGUUCAACCAGGAUCAGAUGAAUGGAUUUAUGUAGAUGAACCACUUCCCAAGGAGAUACCUGAUUUUUUAGUACCUUACUGGGAAAUGGUAGAAAAUACAUAUAUGAAUACCAUCAAAAGUAUACUUAGAUGUCUAAGGGAUGAACAACAUUCAGCGAUUUAUUACUUAGCAGAUGUUAGAAAAAAAUUCCAAGAUCAUUUGAAGCAUCCUGAUAUUAAGCAGGAGUUUGUAUCUCUGUGGCAAUCAGAUUUUAAUUCAAUUGCUGAUGACCUGAGAGAAGAUGAGGAAGCAAAAGCAGAACUACACCAAAGAGUUACUGACCUAAGAGAUCUUCUUUGGGAUAUCUGUGAUAACCGAAGGGAAGAAGCAGAGCAGGAACGUACUGAUGUCAUGAAUGAUGGCUGGUUACCAGAUCAUAGGGGGAUUGCAGUGAACCAUUUUUUAUCACUUAUGCAGGUUGAAGUGGAUCGUUUUCAAGAUACAAAGAGACUUCUUCAUGAUUAUUAUAGAGCAAUGGAAGGGAAAAUCCCAACAGAGUACAGUCAAGAUUUUACUAGGAUACCAUUGCUAGAUAUUAUGGAUUUAGAGCAAAAGGAAGAUCAAAAUGACUCAACAAGGAUUCCCCUAGUUUCUUGGAAAGUGCCUGUACCAGAAGUACAUAUUACUAAGUCAAAAACCAAGGGAUCUCUGCAUAAGAGUGCUAAGGAUGAUAACUCUGAAAAUGACGUGACUACUGUUGGAAAAGAUGAAUGUCUUAUUACUGAUACAUGGCAAACAGCAGCAACAACAGUAUCGAAUAUGGUAACAGCUGAAAUACAGUUUAGAGAAACCGAAGAAGAAGAAGAUCAGAAGCUAAAUCUGAAAUCUUCAAAGCCAUCAAGCAAAGCUUCCAAAGAUUCUAAAAAGCAAUCUCCAAAAAAACCUCCUAAGAAGAAAGGGCUAUCUUCUACUGCAUCUGUGGAUGAAGACAGUACAGUUUCUAUAAACCCAGAAGAGUUAAAGCAACAAGAACUGGCACUUAAAAUAAAGCAAGAAUAUUUAAGUGCCUUGAAACAGGAGGAAGCAGCCGUAAAAUUUCGACUAGAACUUAUAAAAGAAAAAGCUUUAGCAUUUGUGGAAGAGCUAACAAUGAAAGCUGAAGAGGCUUAUAAAGAUAUGGAAGAGUGGCUUGGAUCCAGGUUUUUGGCAGAAAUGUCCAGUGUUGAAAAGCUGGUUGAGGUUGCGCGACAUCACAUUGAGAGUUCUAGCAAAAUUCAGUAUGAAAUUAUUUUAGAAGAAACAGAUUUCUUCAUCAGCAAUGAUGUAAAAGUGUUUCCUGACCCUGUUCCUUCACCACACGUUCCACAUAUGGAGACCUCUGGAAGUACUACUCUGACUAUGUCACAACUUACUGCACUUCAUAAGCAGUUUCUACAAGUGGCACCUAAAGCCAUCAAAGCACUGAAGCAAUUCAAAAGAAAGAGUAAUUCUUCUAGCAAGAGAGAAGCUGAUGACAGAGGGAAAGAGAAGAAAGAUUUGGAACAUCAGAGAACAAAGAGGAAUCGCCAGUUUCCAAAAAUAUGGCUAACAAAAUACUCCUGGUUAAAAUACGAUGGUGAAAGGGGAAUAAUGUUUUGUGCACCAUGUCGUAAGCAUAAUGUAGAUUUGGAAGAAAACAUUCAUAAUUUUUGUUCUGGCACUGAUGAUUUUAAGCUUGAAUUUAUAAAUACACACCAGAGUAGUGAAGCUCAUGCCUGGGCUACCUGCAUGGAAGCUGCCAGUACUGCUUCACCACAUAUAGCUUCUGCUGAGCAGAUGUUGAAGAGCAUGAACUCCAUAACAUUAGGCAGAGUAGAAAAUAUUUUUAGAACAUGCCAUGCUAUUGCUAAAUCUGGUCGUCCCUUUACAGACCUUGACUGGAUGUGCAAACUAGAUGAUAUGAAAGGAGUGGAUAUUGGUUCUGUAUUUAGAAAUGACAAGUCAGCAAGAAUGUUUAUACAUUUUAUUGCUGAAGUGGAAAGAAGAGCUUUGAAAGAGAAAUUGGAGAAAUGUAAAUUUUUUUCUGUUAUUAGUGAUGGAAUCACAGACAGUAUACUCAAAAUGGCUGCAGUUGUCUAUGUGCGCUUUGCACAUGAGGGAAAAGUCCAUUGCCAGAUUGUUGGGGUACAACCUGUUCAGAAAACUGAUGCUUCAACCAUAAAAAAUGCAAUUGAGCAAACAUUGCAAAUCAAUCUUCAGCUCAGCCUGGCAAGCCAAGACUGGUCAAGAAAAUUAGUUGGGUUUGGAAGUGAUGGGACAGGUGUCAUGGUAGGAGAAAACAGUGGGGUAGCUAAACUUCUGAGGGAAAUUCAGCCUUGUAUACUGUCUCUGCGUUGUUUUGCUCACCACCUAAAUCUGGCUUACAAAGAAGUACUGAAAAAUGUGCAGCUGUACAACAUCUUAAUCAGCCUCUUGAGAAAUAUGUAUUAUUUUUAUCAUAACUCACCACUAAAUAAGAAUAAUCUGAAAGCCACAUAUGAAGCCAUGAAGUUACGCCCAGCUGUUCCUUCUCGUAUUGGAGGCUCCCAGUGGCUUCCUCGUCUACAAAGAGCUCUACAGAUUCUCCUGAAAGGUUAUCCUGCAAUUGUUCUACAUCUGAAUAAGAUUGAAAGAGAUUCAACAGCCUCAAACCAGUAGAAAGUCAAAGGUCUUUUGCACCUCCUUCUGAAAAUGGAGAUAGUCAAGUUUUCUCACUUCUUGUUGGAUGUCAUCAAUGUCCUCAACAUUCUGUUAUGUGUUAUGCUGGAUCACAGCUCCUCCAUUGCAGAUAUAUUUGCAACCGUACAGUUAACAUUGGAAACACUCCACAUGUACGAAACAAGAGCUGGUCCAAAGGAAUGCCUGAUGGAGACUAUUCAGCCCUUUCAUGGUUAUCAGCUUAUUGGAAAUGGAAAUAUUUCAGCAGUACGAACCAAAGUACUACGUGGUCUGGUGAAGAGGCUACGUGACUGUUUUUGUGACGCAAGUCAAGAUGUUCUGAGAGCAACUACUAUUGGAAGUUUUAAACUGUGGCCUAGCAAAAUGAAACAAGAAUUUGGUGAAAAGGAAGUGUCUGUCUUGAUUAAACAUUAUGAAGUCAUACUAGAAGCUGCCAGUGUGGAAACAGGUGAAGUAGAAACUGAAUGGAGCAUGCUGAAAUCAGAACUGUAUAACAGAUUUCAGAACAUCCAGAACUUGACAUGGGAUUCCGUGAACUCAGAUUAUUCAAAGAAAUAUCCCAACAUCCUGAUGCUGGUAGAUUUGAUCCUAACUCUGCCGGCAAGCUCAGCUGAAACAGAGAGAGGCUUUAGUCAAAUGAAACUCAGCAUGAUGCAUUUACACUCUAAACUAAGGUCUGAAAAUGUGACGGAUCUUAUGAUAAUUCAGAUGAACUCUCCAGAUAUCAAAAAGUUUGAUCCCCAGAAAGCUAUUCAUUUGUGGAAUGCUACUUGGCAAAGAAAUAGAAGACAACAGGAAGGUGACAAAUGAUGACAAAUCGAAGACCUGAUUACUCCUCUUGAGUUUGAUUUGCAGACUCUCUUGUUUAUUUCACAGUCUUCUUGUGACAUAUAUGGACACUUUAACUGAAUACUUUGCAUGGCUAAUGAGUGUAAAAUUAGUAUUUUUGUUCAUAAUGUAUUAUUAUGUGAAAAUAUGGCUUUUCUUUAUGUUCACUGCGGAAUCACCAGCAGGUGUUUGCAUUUAUCCUUCUAUAAACUGAAUACAAUGGAAAAAUAAUGGAGUACCUUGUUACCUUGGCAACAUUUGGACAGUGGGAUGAUGGUCCAACUUCUGUCUAACUGAUCCUAACUUCUAUCUGAUUGUUUAUUGCGUUUAGCUGAGUCAUAAUGCAUUAUAACCACUGGGUUAACUGUCAUCUCAGACUUCAGUAGUUCAACAAGGGCCAUUGACUCUGAAACCCCAGAUAUUCUCUUCAUAAAUGUGUGAAAAAUCGGUGCCUUAUUUCUGUUAAAUGACUGCCUGACCUCUGUAGCCUAUGAAGUUUGGGUCAUACCUUCUCUCCGUAUCUGUAUGUGUUGCUACUUUUUACUUGCUUGUGGAUAUAGUUUUAACAUGACCUUUCACAGAUUUUUGUCAGACUUGUUCUGCAGAAGGAAGUCCUUUUCUGCAGAUCCAUUUUGCAUUGGUGAUUAUUUAUUGCACAUAUUGGUCUUCCUUUAGCAAAUACUCUUACAGGCAAAAUAUGACUAAUAUACUUCACAACUUCAGCCACUUUUUUUCCCUGUAAAAAUGUUUGUAAGGGUUACAAUAAGAAUGCUCUAUCUUAGUUUUUAAUCUAGGAGCUGAGAAUGAGAAUUGUUCAGAGGAGUAUCUGAUUUCAUAAUUUUACAUGUUCUAAAUGCAACUUCCUACUUUAUAAUUUCCAAUCAAUGUAAAGCACACCAGCAGAAUGUAUUUCCACCAUCAAGGAAAAAACAUUGACUAUAUCAAAAGAUAGCUAAAGUGAAAUCAUUCUUAGUUCUUCCAGCAGUGGUGAGGAUGAAAUAGGAAUAAUCUGAGAGAAAUUUGAAGGUGAAUGACCUCACAUUAUUACUUUCAAUAUAAAACAUGUCUAGUAAUUGCAGAAGACAUG